GUUAUCUUGCAUAUUUUCCUAUUAGUUGUGGGCGCCCUCGAAGCUUCAGUAGGCGUUGCCACUGCCAUCAUCUGCUGUCGGCAAGUAUGUCCUAUUUCAGGAGGUUCUGCAGCUUCGACUGCCGCUGACUACUUGUUUAACGCUCCCGGACUGACGUUAAUUUCGACUUCAGGUGAUCUUCUUCUUGCCAUGCCUGCUGGUGGUAAUGGAGCUUCCUUCGACGCGGACCGGGGCAGAAACGCUGUUGGCCACAGUGACGCCGAAAGAGCCGCCGUCGCAAACGGUAGGACAGAAAUACCGACCCGUCUGCCGGCAUCGCUACUUCCGCAAUUGCAUCCUUCGUUGCCUGCCUUUUUACCGCCUUCCGGCCGCAGGUCAGUCCUCCUGACGCAAGCUGAUACCGGAGCUCUGGCCGUCGUGGCGGUACAGGCGACUGCCAGUCUGCUAUCGGCCAACUACAAUGCCGCGCCGGAUGCCGGUCGUUCACCGGACGCACCGUCGAUUCCAACACCUUCCAGUCGACAGUCCGGUCUUCCGCCGAUGCCGCCUCCGCGCUCACCGUCUCCACCGUCAACGACGGCAGUAGCUUCUUCUGAGAAUGCUCAACGCCAUGCUCAGGAAUCUGCACUUGGACCAGCGCCAACAAGCCUUACAUCUUGGACUCGUAGGCUCCGACUGCGGCUAUUACAGCGUCGUCGGCCCUUGCGUAUGUGCCGCCUCCGCCUUGUGGAAAACGGCCCUGCUGUCGUGGUUGUGCCACCGGUUUCGCAAAGUGCCUCGCUGCCCACAGCCCCAACCUCCGAUUCCGCCUCUUCCGCAGCCUCGGCCAGUCCCGCAGGCAGUCUUCCGGUCCGUUUGCAAGCCUGCUUGGUCAAUGAGAUUGCCCGACAAAUGAUGGGCAAUUCGACUGGCGGCAGACGUCGCCGCAGCCGCCGCACUCGACAGCGCUCUUCGCCUUAUAUCCCGCCUCUUUCAAUUUCUUCAGCUUCAUCUAACCCCAUUUCCGCUGCCUGUGAAUCCGGUGGGACACGUCUUCUCGGUCAGCCAGUGGCAGGACUGCAGCGCGCAAGCUUAGUUUAUGUGAUGCCAUCUCCGUCUCUUGAAGAACCGCCGAUCAUCUUUCCUCCAUUUCCGCCUGCCUACCAGCGCGACGAUUUUGCCGCGAGCUCAACUACACCUGGAUCCGAAGGUCUCGCGAAUUCAGUUUCUUCUUCUGCUCUACAUUGGUGUCCAACAUCAUCUUCUGCCCUCUCCACAUAUUCUGGUGACGACACCGCAACCAGCCAUACUGCCUCCAGGAGGACAGGUUUCAGGAGAUGGCAUUCCGGACUCUGGUUUUCGCAAUAUCUGCGGUUUCGAUUCUUUCGCAGACCCCUGUUCAAUCGGAAUCGGACGGGGACUCCACUACCGACUCGUUCAUCCUUUUGUCAUCGGGUGUCUAUUUCGAAUGCACCUGAAGCCGAUUCGGAUACUGGUGGUCCCAGUGUAUCAAAUUGUCAGGGUUCGAGGUCUCGUUCUGUGUCCAACCAUCGGAUGAGGUCCAGGUCUGCACACCGACGGCCAACCCAACAACCUCUGGUUACUCCGGGCAGCCCUUCGACUGUUGCUGGAUGCUCCUCUCGUCAGUUGUUUCCCAGCCGGCCAGCUUGCAGAACUUCGAGUUCGACUACAACCUCGCCAGCUUCCGCCCUGAUUGCUGCCGGUGACCGCUUUCUUCAGCCUGUUUAUAUUCUCGAAGAGUUGGACGACCAAGCUCCUGCUAUCGCGCAUAACACACCUCCUCCGGCCUACUCGACUCUCGAUCGAAACCCUCCAACACAUUUACUCAGCAAUCCGCUGGGGAUAAAUGUAAUACCAAUCUCAUCCUCUUCUCCUUCUUCCCCUCCUCCUACUCCUUCUCUUUCUUCGCCUUCAAAUCCCCCAGCGUCAUUGUUUCCCUCCUCCUCCAUCCCUCUUUCUUCUCCUCCUGCUUAUAUUCAAGUGCAACCGCUAUCCACUGCAGCCGCACAUAACUCGUCAUCUUACUUGAAUCUACUUCGCCAUGGCUCUCCAAGCCCCUUAGCUCGUCCUCUUACUAGCACUAUGCCUCCGUCUUGA